CCAGGGGUCGCCACAGCGGAUUUGAGUCAACCCGCGUAACGAUUUGGCAAAAUGUUACGUCAGCCACACGUCGAUAACAUAAGAGCGGAAGAGAUGGAUGGAGACACAGACCGGGAUGAGGAGAGAGGGAGGCGGAUGAUGCCCUACUGGAACCUCUGGUCCUCAGACUUCUUCGGGUGGGUGGAGGAACUGAGAGCCCAGGCCGCCUACGACCGCAUCGAAGACCUGGCCAGAACCUUCUGGGCCCACUUCCCCAUCGCCAACGAGCUCAAACUCGAUGUCCCCGACUCUGACCCCCCGCCCGAGGAGUGAGGCCUGCUUCGACAGCGUGUUAACCGGCUGGAGGAUUUGGUCGCAUCACUACCUGUUAUUUAAUGAUGCAUGCAUACAGUGUGUAAAUAAACCACCCAAGGUUCACACCAGCAACAGUUAGAAAUCGAUGGUUAAAGAUUAAAUGCAGUUAUUACUUAAUUACUACCUUAUAGUGCUUGUAGGUGAUGAUAGGCAAUGAAUCCUUUAAUUGUGAAAGUACUGGAAGGUCUAAUUAAACGUUUUCCCUUGAAGGAUUGUACUCUGACAGCGUAUGUAAUCUGAGUUAGUUCAGUUGCAAUGUCUGAAAUUGUCUUUCAAGCAUUCCAGUGAUUUUUGUUCCCCUUUAACCUUCACUGUUUCUGCUCUUUCUGUCUAUU